AUGGCAUGCAUAGCCGACGAAACAGCAGUUCAAGAUUACUUUCGACGAUUCGAUUGGGCAUUACAGCUAAGUAAAAUUCCGGAAGAAUUGCAUGCCAACUAUGCUCGCGUUCAUAUGGGUACUGAAUUAAAUAACGCACUUAAAUUUCUAGUUUCUCCGCGUCAGCCAGAAGAACUAUUAUAUAAUGAAUUGCGUUCGGUACUUAUUAACCAUUUCGACCGUACUCGAAACAAGUAUGCCGAAAGUAUUAAAUUUCGUCUGAUUGUCCAACAAAAAAAGGAAAGCGUCGCUAAUUUCGUCUUACGCCUCAAACAAGGCGCUGCUCAUUGUGAAUACGGCGAAUUCUUAGACAGAAUGUUGAUAGAGCAAUUACUACAUGGACUCGAGUCGCGCGAAAUGUGCGACGAAAUCAUUGCAAAAAAGCCAGCAACCUUCGCGGAAGCAUACGAAAUCGCAAAUACACUCGAAGCAACGCGUUACACGAUAAACGUAGUCAAGACGGCCGAAGCAGCUGAACUAACGGAAAAAACGCAUAAAGUUAAGCAUACUUCAUUAAAAACAAAGCAUAAUAAACGAUCCACGCAUUACAGAUCACUAUCACGUAACAGAAGUCAGCAACGGAAUCAGUCUAGUAAUACGCAAGGAAACAAAUCCAAUGGUGCCAACCUCCAUCCAUGCCAAGGAUGUGGAGAAUUACACAGGCGUGACAAAUGCCCAUUUCGGAAAGCUCUUUGCCAUAAAUGCAGCAAACAUGGCCACAUUGCCAAGGUAUGCAGAGCAGGGAAAGCAGUUCAAGCUCUUCAAAAUACAGAUCAAGUGGUCCUCCCGGCAGAACACGUCGAUACUUUACAAACAUUCAGCAAAAUCGAAGAAAUUCAAGUAACAAAAUCCAUAAGAGCACCAUGUAGUAUAGUCAACGAGAAAACAUUACGUUGUAUUAAACCCGAAUGCACGUUACUCAAUUCGGAUAGGAAAUUUGCUAGCUAUACGGGUCAUCACAUUGAUUGUAUCGGUUAUUUACCAGUGAAUGUUACAUUGGGUACAACAACGUGCAAGUUCAAUUUAUACGUUGUUAAAGAGCCUUUUGACACUCUCUUGGGAAGAGAAUGGAUAGGAGAACUUGCUAAAGAAAUUAAUUUCACUGAAUUAUUCUCCGCUUCAAAUAAAAUUCAUUCGUUAACCGCUGCACCAUCUCAAUUCGACAAACCAGGUAAAUUAAUAGGACCUCCAAUUACCGUUCACUUUAAACCUGGGGCUACGCCAGUUUAUUCCCGUGCACGUGAAGUACCUUUAGCCUUUCAUGAUAAAUAUGCCGAGGAGAUUGAAACCAAACUCGUAUCCGGAUAUUACGAGAAAGUCGAAUUUUCAGAAUGGGCUUCUUCAACGCACAUUGUGGUCAAGAAGAACGGAAAAAUCCGUGUCACAGGCAACUACAAACCAACCCUUAACCAACACAUCAUUAUAGACGAACAUCCUAUUCCGAAACCUGAGCACCUAUUCAAUAGAAUGAAGAACGCUAAUAUUUCAUCUCCACAUUACAGAUGCCUAUACGCACUUACCGUUGAAUUUCUGGGUCAUAAGAUUGACUCCCGCGGAAUACAUAAAUCAGAUAAACACAUCGAAGCAAUUCGAGACGCACCAAAACCAGCUACCAAAGAAGAACUCCAAUUAUUCUUAGGAAAGGCAACUUACUACAAUUCUUUUAUUCCAGAUUUAGCGACGAGAAGCCGACCACUGAGGAACAUGCUUAUUACUGAAUCUUUUAAAUGGUCAGCAGAUGCUGAGGAAGCUUAUGAUGACAUCAAGAAUACACUAAUCUCUCCUCAAAUUUUGAUGCCAUACGAUCCAGCCCUUCCAUUGGUAUUAGCGACAGACGCAAGCAAGAUAGGAUUAGGUGCUGUCCUAUCGCAUCGACUUAAAAACGGGCCAGAACGCCCAAUAGCUUUUGCCAGUCGCACAUUAACUCUUACGGAACAACGGUAUCCUCAAAUUGAUAAAGAGGCACUAGCAGUAGUAUGGGCACCAACGAAGGCUAACGCAAAUGCCGACUACUGCUCCCGUAUGCCAUUACCAACUACAACAGAGACCGUUCAUGAAAUAACAACUAAACAUGACGUAACAAUCCAGGAUGAAUUUAAUGAAUUCGCGUUGUGCCAGAUUAAACAAUUACCAGUCCGCGCAGAGCAUAUUGGACGAGAGACACGAAAAGACCCAGAGCUAGGCAAAAUCGUCCAACUGUUUGAGUCAGACAAGGACUUGGCUCGCGCUGGCUACAAAGCUCCAGAGAACAAAUAUACUCUAGUAUCGCUCGCUCUUUCGUUUACUGGCAUCGACGCAGCUAUUGAACAAGUCGCCAAAUCGUGCGCUAAAUGCGCCAGACAUGCACAUUUACCGCCCAAAGGUAAAGGUCAUCACUGGGAAUAUCCAAAAGGACCAUGGGAGCGAAUACAUGUGGACUAUGCAGGACCAGUCGCAGGCACCAUGCUGCUUAUUGUCGUGGACGCUUACAGCAAAUGGCUGGAAGUGAGAGCGACCCAUUUGACCACAGCAACGGCAACGAUUGCGAUUUUAGAUAAUAUUUUUGCAUCAUAUGGAGUUCCCAUAACAAUCGUCUCAGAUAACGGAACCCAGUUUAAGUCUGUGGAAUUCGAGUCGUUUCUACAAUCAAGUGGAGUCAAAUAUCACAAAUGCACAGCGCCGUAUCAUCCCGCAACGAAUGGCCAAGCCGAGCGUUAUGUACAAACGGUAAAGGAUACGCUUCGCGCAAUGUCCACUACACCAGGAUCGUUGCAAUCCAACCUUAACCAAUUUCUCCGGCAAUACAGGAAGGCUCCGCAUUCAACAACGGGUCAGUCACCUGCGCAGUUAUUCCUUGGUCGUAACAUACGUACCAGAAUUGAUUUAGUGCGACCAGACGAUAUACAUACGAAAAUCUCGGAAAAACAACAAGUCAUAUUAAAUUCCUCAUUUCGAGAAUUUCAACCUAAACAAACAGUAAUGUUCUUAUCAAGUAACCCGCAUAUGGACAAAUGGGUUAAAGGCAAAAUCAUCGCACGUCUAGGUGAUUUGCAUUACGAGAUAGACUAUAAAGGCAACCACUAUAGGAAACACGUAGAUCACAUCCGAGCUUAUACUGAAGAAGAGGUUAAGGAUCAGUCCGACAACGUUAAACCACUGAGGCAGGAUGAGCCCCGUCGAGUUCACUUUUAUGAUAAACAAGUUUCUAUUAUUCCACAGGCUAAGUUGCAGGGACCAUCAAUAUCGCCAAGGCCGCCUACGCCACAGAGACCAUCUACUCCAAUGGAGCAAUGUUGGACUCCACCGAUGACACCGUCUCCGCCCAGGUCUCCACCAAGGUCGCCGCCACGCCAAAUGCGAUCACCUCUAAUUCCACGACGAUCUACAAGGCCCCAUCGUCCUCCUCAACGCUAUGCACCAAGCUAA